AGACUUUUAUGAAACGUAAUUCUACAGUUGACUUGUUGAAUUUGCUUUCUAAUUGUUAUAGGUUUCUGGAGGAUGCUAGAACUGCUUCUCAACUGUUGGGUAUAGCUUUGGCAAGAGCACACGGAUACAAAACCAAAGGACAAGAACUUCCCAUGGCAGGUGUUCCUUUUUGGGCCUUUGAUAGUUAUCUUCAACGCUUAGUAAAGGCAGGUAUUCGAGUAGCAAUAGCUGAUCAAGUUUUUGAUGGAAAGGACAAGUCUUCCAGGAAAGUAACCGGGAGAGCUAUUUCAAGAUUAGUUACUCCAGGAACGCUUACUGAAGAAGAUUUGUUGCAACCGAGCGAAAAUAACUUUCUUGCUUGUGUAAUAUUUGAAACAGGAACUCUUUCCAAUUGGAUUGGACUUUGUUGGUUGGAUAUUUCUACUGGAAACUUUCAAUGUGCGUUGGAAACGAGUCAUUCUAUUCAGGAAGCCAUUCAUUCCAUCUCACCAAGUGAAAUAUUGGUUUUAGAGAAUCAUUAUGAGAUUCUUCAAAGAACUCUUCCAAAUAUCGAUAAUCGCUGCACCGUUUCGCCUAUUUCUUUUCGAAAUACUUACUUGGAAAACCAUAGCGACUGGAAACAAGUAGUAUUUUCCAUGGAGGAAACUUUAUCUUCCUUUCAAGACAAGAAGAAAAAGUUGUUAUCUAGUUUGGAUAUAUCUUCCAUUAGUGAAUUGGAAAAGGAAGCCUGUGGUUUAUUGUUACUUUAUGUAGAACGAACACUGGCAGGUGAACUUCCAUUUCUUUCUUCCAUUUGCAAAAGUCCAGUUUCCACAUUUAUGCGAAUGGAUAUGGCAACCAGAAAAGUAUUGGAAAUAUCUCGACGAAUGAAUUCUUCAGACGAUAGUCAAAGAGGAAGUUUACUUGCUGCCAUCAGGAAGACACAAACAACUCCCGGAGCAAGAUUGUUAGCAAUGAGAGUGAACGCACCACUGACCUGUAAGAAAAGCAUAGAAGAAAGAUUGGAUGCUGUAGAGUUGUUAUGCAGACAUCCUCAUCUUCUUGAAAGACUAAGAAAAGUACUCAAAAAUUGUCCCGAAUUUGAAAGGCCACUACAACGUUUGUUUAUGAAGAGAGGAAGUCCCAGAGACUUGCUUGACUUGGGAGUAACCUUUCAACAAGUUUCAGAUAUAAAAAAACUGUUGGAUGAAAUAGAGCUUCCUGAUUACUUGCAAUAUUUAUUAAGAAAGUUUCAGAAUCAUGAAAAACUGAAGCUUCUGUUGGAUUCUUGUAUAUCAGAAAAUGCUCCUAAAAGUUUUUCUAGUCAUUCAGCUACAUGGAAACGUACUCAGCUUUUUGGAGAGGGCUAUAUAGUUACUGGAUAUCAUUCUGAACUGGAUAGUCUUCGUGGUAGAAAAGACGAACUAUUGCGUAGUCUCAAAGAGUUGGAAAUUGAAUACCAGAAAUGGACUUCAACAGACUCUUUGAAGAUCAACUUUAAUAGUAAUUUAGGUUUUGUGGUGGAAUGUACAAAUACUAUCGAUUGGAAUCUGUUUGAUGAAAAAAUAUUCCACAGACUGCCACCUUCUCAACGAACAGGUAUCAAUGCAUAUCGAUUUCGCACGGAUAAAGUUAAUGAAAUACAAAAUAAGCUCAACAUGAUUACCGAUCAAAUUCAAGAGUUGGAAGAUUCCAUUUUUGAUAAGGUUACUGAACAAGUCACUCAGCAUGCCCAUGAUAUAAGAGAGAUGUUAGGAGCAUUGGCCGAACUCGAUGUGAGUUGUGCUUUAGCUGCCUUGGCUUUGGAAAGGAACUUUUGUCGACCUUUAUUUGUAGAACCUGAAAAUGCCAACAUAUUCCAUGUAAAGGAUGGAAGACAUGCGACUUUGGAACAUCGACAAUUGGAUAGACGAACUGAUGAAACAUUUUCCAUGAUUCCAAAUGAUUGUUUUUUAGACAAACAUAACGGUUUGUUGUGGAUCAUUACUGGCCCUAAUAUGGCUGGUAAAAGUACCUUUUUAAGACAAAAUGCACUUAUUGCCAUAUUAGCUCAAAUAGGAAGUUUUGUUCCAGCUUCGAAUGUUAAAAUGUCCAUCGUAGAUCGCAUAUUUUGUCGAGUGGGCGCUUCAGAUGAUAUUUAUGGAGGACAAUCUACUUUUAUGUUGGAAAUGAAUGAAACUGCCAAUAUUCUAAAGCAUGCCACUAAGAAUUCUUUGGUUAUCAUGGAUGAAGUGGGUAGAGGAACCAGUAUGCUGGAAGGACUAGCUAUAGCACAGUCCAUUGUUGAAUAUCUACAUGACCAUAUUGGUUGUAGAACUCUUUUUGCCACACAUUUACACGAACUAGCUUCAUUGAGAGAAAAGCUUACAUCUGUUGCUUGUUACUAUUCCGAAGCAUUUCUUUUAAAGGAAACGGAGUCGCUUUGUUUUACUUACAAGGUGCUGAAAGGUUCAAUGCAAUGUUCUUAUGCGAGUAAAGUUGCAGAGUUAGCUGACAUGCCUACUCCAGUAGUAAGGAGGACCAAUGAACUAUUGAAAGGAUGGAAAACCAAUGCGCUAUCUGAACAGCAUAUGGAUUUGUUUCGAAUGUGGAUAGAAAAACUGAAGAAUAUCGAUCUGGAUGCUCUAUCGCCUCGUGAAGCUACAAACUUGUUAAUGCAAUGGAAAGGGCAAUUACAACAAUGUGAAGAAGAAGAUGGGAAGUUUGCAUUUGGUGGUUGGGAUCCACUAAAACCUCCACCAACAUCGUUCUUUGGCAGUCAUAAGACAAACUGUUCUAUUCAAAGAAAAUAUUGCUGUAACAAUCAGAAAGAUAGUAAAGUUCGGUUUAUAGUCUGCUGUUGUGACACCGAAGAAAACGCCAACCAGCAGAUAACGGAAAAGGUUUCCAAUUUGUACAACCACUUUCCUUAUCCACCUGAACCUGUUCGGGACCUAGAACCUUUAGGAUAUAACUGGAGAUGGCAUUAUCCUACAGCAUUUGCGUUUUGUUCGGGAAGAAUGCCGACAGCUCCAAAUAUUAGGAUAUUGGACGCUGGUUGUGGAACGGGUUGUAGUACAGAAUAUUUGGUUCACUUGAAUCAGGGUGCAGAAGUAAUUGGAAUAGAUAUUAGUGAGAAAGCGUUGGCAGUUGCAGCUGAGCGACUAUCAAAAAGUUUGCCACACUCUAAGAAUCGAUAUCGGUUUAUACAGAAAAGUUUGUUUGAUUUGGAUGACAGCAUGGGGACGUUUGACUUGAUCAACUGUGUCGGUGUUAUUCACCAUACUGCGGAUCCUGUUAUGGCGUUGAAAAAGUUGGCUUUGAGACUAAAACCUAAUGGAAUCCUUCAUCUAUUUGUCUAUGGAAAACAUGGAAGAUGGGAAAUUAGUUUGAUGCAACAAGCUAUAAGAUUAUUAUUAGGUCAGGGAAAUGAAAACUGGAAAGAAGGAGUACUCAUUGGACGCAAGUUGUUUUCUGUUCUUCCCGAAGGAAACCGAAUCCGAAAGAGGGAAGAGGAAAGAUGGUCGAGAGAUAAUCAACAAGAUGCAACCUUUGCAGAUAUGUAUGUACAUCCUCAAGAAGUGGAUUUUACUAUCGACUCUCUAUUCCAGUUGAUAGACAGUGUCAACUUGCAGUUCCUUGGCUUUACUAAUCCUGAGAUUUUUGAUAUUUGGAGGCUUGUUGGGAAACAAGAGGAAUUAUUGGUAUCAAAGAUAUCCUGUUUGAGUGAAAGAGAAAGAUACAAAUUAGUAGACCUUUUGGAUCCUGAUAAUAUGACUCAUUUUGAAAUGUUCUUGGCCAGGAAGAGUUUCACAAAAUGUAAUUGGACCCAGCGUUUAUUAGGAACUGCCAAAAUACAAAUCUCUAGUUGUCUUCAAGGCUGGCCAUCACAACAUCUUUUGGAUAAGGAUUAUCGACCUAUAACGCUUACUAUGUCCGAAUAUCAUUUCAUGCAAACUGCUUGGAAAUGGUAUCAAGAGAAUGGCCAUCGUCCAACAGUAAAUGAUGUAUUGGAACACAUCUACUUGCAACAAGAGGAUAUAUUAUCACUUGUUGAUAGAGUUUUGAUUCUUUUGGAGCCACAAGAUGACAACAUAUCUUAGACGAAUUAUUCGUUGUGUUUCCAAAAUAAACAAUUUUAUUUACUU